AUUACGUCAUAUUUUUGGAAAUUUACUUUCGUUUUCAAUUCCAACUCGGUGAUUCAAUCAAUAUGUGGCUUGCUCCCUCUGAGAUUUACUACAGCCAAGACUCAAUUUCAAACAGAUUUGGAAAAAGCACUGAACAUGCUGGAGUACUGAUUGGUGAAACUCUGGACGACAUUUUGUCUGGAAAUUGUAGUAUUGAUGACAUAGGCACCAUUGAGGUUGUGUACCGCUAUGGCGACUACAUAUCGGCGGACAACCGAAGGCUGUGGAUUUUCAAGAAACUUGAAGAAUUGGGUGAAUGUAAAGAAAUUCCUGUAACCAUAGCGGAUGGAAUCAGCCCUCUAAAAUGCGCAGUUGGUCUUGAUAUUGAAGUGAGAGGGGACCCAGGUGGUCAUCUAUGGAGGACCUGGAUUGAGAGCGCUUCUUCAUCCUCAGAGGAGGAAACGGAUCAAUAUGAUUCUGAUGAUUCCGAUGAGGAGGAUACUUUGCAUAGAGGUUUCGCCAGAAUGUCUUUGUCCUCUUACAGAUAUUGAUAAUGGGACACGUUGACUACAACAUGUAAAUGGAUGCUACUGAAUCAAUAAUUCAUAUUGCAAUAUUUGACAGAAAACCAUUUGAAGAACAUGUAAAUUAGGACAUAGCCUUCAACGUUAACGAUGACUACACCUUGAAAAGAAAUAAUAAAUUAUACAAAUAUUCA